CGUUUUUAUCUGGUGUCAGCUGUGUGUUUAGAGCUCGGCUGGUUCAUUCUGUAACGCCCUACAGACAGACACCAUUAGAGAAGAGCGAUCUGUGUGUGUUGGUGAAGGAAUUAGGUGAGGUGGGUGAGACACAUCACUGAGUGCAGGAGUUAUUGUUGGUGUGAACGGGACAUUAUCAGGAUAUUAAGAUCAUGGCGGAGUUACAGAUGGAGGCUAGUGCAGGAGGCCUGUUGGAGCAGACAGAGCACCGGGAGAACCGCGGCUCCCUCAGUAUUCUCCUCCCGUCACCCAGCCUGGUUCUACCGACGCGCAGCGGAGCAGCCAGCCCGGGUCUGUCAACCUCUAGUCCGGGUCUGUCCGCCUCCAGAGCCGCGGUGUUCGGCUUUCCCGUGAAGAGCAACCCGACCUCCCCGUCCGACCCUGCAGAGAAACCGGGCUCGCGGUGGGUCCGCCUCAAUGUCGGUGGGACCUACUUUAUCACCACCAAACAAACCCUGUGCAGGGAUCCCAAAUCUUUUCUGUACCGACUGUGUCAGGACGACCCUGAUCUGGACUCAGAUAAAGAUGAGACAGGAGCUUACUUGAUUGACAGGGACCCCACAUACUUCGGCCCCAUCUUAAAUUAUUUGAGGCAUGGAAAACUGAUCAUCAACAAGAACCUUGCAGAGGAGGGUGUUCUGGAGGAAGCUGAGUUUUACAACAUUGCAUCGUUGGUGAGACUGGUGAAGGAGAGAAUACGAGACAAUGAGAACAGGACAUCUCAGGGUCCUGUAAAGCAUGUGUACCGUGUGCUCCAGUGUCAGGAAGAAGAACUCACUCAGAUGGUUUCGACAAUGUCUGAUGGUUGGAAGUUUGAGCAGCUUAUAAGCAUUGGCUCAUCUUACAACUAUGGAAAUGAGGACCAGGCCGAGUUUCUGUGUGUGGUUUCCCGGGAACUCAACAACUCCACUAACGGGAUUGUUAUUGAGCCGACCGAGAAGGCUAAGAUCCUUCAGGAGAGAGGUUCUCGGAUGUAAGGAGACCUUCAUAGCUGUGCCCACCCUGAUUUUCCCCUCCUCUCCUUUACUCAGUGCUUUCCUUACCGUAAAGCUGACUCCAUCAGCUCACAUGGCUGCCCUUCCUUUCUCUCAUCCUCCUCCCUUGUGCCUUUUCACACUGGGGGUGUCCCGAUUCCCCCUCCCUGCAGUGCUGCAACAUCACCCAUUCAGCACCACCACUAGACAUCACUGCUACUAUCAGAAAUCCUUAAGAGCUUAUACGUCAGAUCUGUGAUGACCCGAGACUGUUCGUGAUGCGGACGGAGGAGUCCAAGUAUGGUUACCCAUAGUCAUCCACUAUGCCUCGGAACGUGAUCAUAAAUCAUUUCAUAUCCUAAUCGUAACCAUCUUUAAUCUCUGUUGUUGCUGGCAUGCUAGUUAUAAAAAUGCCUGUGCCCUGGUCAGCUAGGCUGUGUCUCAAUCACGGAAAUCUCCUCAGGACUUCAAGAGGGGGGACAGGAAAAUAGACGACAGAACUUAUCACCCCUUGGUUCCUACUCCACUCGUCAUAACAAGCACAUUGACUCACUGUGUAGGUCGAGUGAGUGAAAAUUAGUGGUAGCACUCGCUCGGUAUCAUUUCAGUGUCUAGCGCAGCCUGGCACAGCCUUUAAACAUGCAGCACCAGUGUUUGGUUUGCAGUGUGUGUGUGUGAGUGUCUCCUAAGUUGUUCAAUCCUCUUGGAGCAGUCCAGGAAAGCAUUAAACAGGAAGGGAGGACACGGGCAGACAGUUUCCCGGUUGGACAUCCCACUGCUCUGAUGCUACUUUUCAUCCUGUGGGUGUUUUUUUUUCCACCCCUCCUUUCCUGGACAUGGUUUCAAACACCAUAAAACUGAAACAUGCAAUGUUGGGGGCAUGUAAGGAUCAUCAAUAUAAUUGUAUUACUAAGAGUUUAAAUGCAAGUUACUUAUACAGUACAGUAUAUUGACAUGUACCAUAACAGUCAUAUUUGACUUCGGGAAGCUGAACUGACCCGUGGUUUUUGUCUAUUUUGUCCAGUGCCUCGUCACUUGUAUGUAUAUUUUGUGUUGUGUUCUCCCUCGAGCUGUUCAUAUAUGACUGGAAAAUAGGACAUUCCCACAGGCUAACGUAUUUCACACUAUUUCUUAAGAAUAUUUAAAUUUUUUAUGUAUUUGCAUUAUUUCUUUGUCCUGUCACAUA